AUGUUAACCAGUCCAAGGGAAGCCAAACAGCUUCGAGAUCAUCGGAUGGAUUCCGAUCAGUCAGAAGAAGCAAUUGCCAAGGUCGGGUCCGUUGAGAGCCACAUUUGCAAGAGAGUUGAUGCAUGGAGAAGGUUCUUGUCUCGGAAGCUAACGAUGCGGUUCCGAAUUUGUCUGUCAAUUGAGGAAGUGAUGGAACAUUCCGAGGAAAAGACUCCUCGAUGUAGUCGGCCAUUCCUCUCUGCCCAGAUCCAGUAG